AUGGCUCCGCCGGAGUGGUCCCGGUCUACUUCAAACUACGUCGACGACUGUCCUGUACGUAAAUAUCCAAGUAAAGUACGUACGAAAGUUUACACCUCGCUCUCGUUACCCUAUCCAGGCGUAGUUGACUUGAUUCGCAGCAUCGUAAAGAAACGUCUCGUCUCACCAGAGAGAUCAGAGGGAUCAGAGAUUCAGAGAGAUCAGAGGGAUCAGAGAUUCAGAGAGAUCAGAGGGAUCAGAGAUUCAGAGAGAUCAGAGGGAUCAGAGAUUCAGAGAGAUCAGAGGGAUCAGAGAUUCAGAGAGAUCAGAGGGAUCAGAGAUUCAGAGAGACCAGAGAGACCAGGACAGGUCCGAUUCCGCAGUGCAGUGCAGUUCCCGUUCGAGUGCUAG